UUCUUCCAUCACAAAGCCUUAAAGCCUUCCGGUAUAUUGAACCCUCUGCUGGUCUCUCCGGCGAUCGUUUCACCGGCGAAAAAUCUUCGAUCUUCUAAGAGAUGAAACGCUGGGCCAUGGCAUAGUUUAUUGGAAGAUCACAUCCAAACGAAAAUUAGAAUUGGCAGAGAGAAGACAUGGCUGAUUUCGUGACAUCUACUCAUAAAACCAAGUGGAUUUUUACUCCCCAAGAUAUUAAACAUAAGUAUAAAGUUGCUAAUCACAGAGCGAAACAAGCACUAGAGAAGUAUGGAACAACGCGAAUGGAAGUUGAUAUUGAUGGGUCAUUCUCAUAUGCUGAAAGUCAAAAUGACGCAAAAGAUAGUGCGGAAAAGCGUCCUAAACCACUCAAGGUUGAAGAAGAACAACUUCUAAGGGCUUUCUACGAGUUCAAAAUUCAAGACGUCUGUGAUGCGUUUAAGUUCCCACGUAAGAUUCAGGCGACAGCUCUCAUUUAUUUUAAGAGGUUUUAUCUACAAUGGUCCGUGAUGGAACAUCACCCUAAAGACAUUAUGUUAACCUGCAUAUAUGCAGCUUGCAAGGCAGAGGAAAACCAUGUAUCAGCUGAGGAGCUUGGGAAGGGUAUUGGACAGGAUCAUCAUGUAAUCCUCAACAAUGAGAUGCUGGUUUUCCAGGCAUGGAUUUUAUUUGAUGGUCAUGUCAUUCUACAAUUUCCUUCAAAUCUUUGCUUAAUCAACUUUUUUCUAACCUUUAUUUUGCAGAGUCUUGGAUUUGAUCUAAUUGUUUAUGCUCCAUAUCGUGCUCUUGAAGGUUUUAUCAGUGAUUUAGAGGAGUUCUGUGGAGCUAAAGAUGAAGACCAGCUUGUGGCACUGAAGGGUUCACUUGAUACUGCUAGGAUUGAAGCAGAUAAGAUUAUGCGUUCUGAUGGACCACUUCUAUUCCCACCUGGGCAGUUGGCAUUGACAGCUUUGCAUAGAGCUAACGCAGCGCAUAGCAUAUUUGAUUUUGAGAGGUACCUAAGAAGUGUCCUAUCACAUUAUCAGCCAGCUCAUGCCAUUUCAGAACUUACUGGUUCUAUAAAUGCCAUUGAUUCUUUGGUUGGCAAACUUUUGACUCCGACUUCCAAAGAUGUGAAGCACGUUGAUCGGAAACUCAAAUCAUGUCUUGAUCCGGGUUCACAUGACAAGAGUAAAAAAAGGAAGCAUAGAUCCAAAGAUGGCUCACAGGAGGCUACAGACAUAUCUUGAACUGCUCUAACUCAAGUUUGUAGCUUCAAAGCAUAUCUUAUUUGGCCAGUGGAAAUAGUGUUUCUCAUUGCUGCUCAUCAGUUUCCUAAUAUAGAACAAAAAUUCAAGCUAGACUGGAAGACAUUGUCUACAACAUCUGCAUCAGGUUGAGAGUAGAAGUAGAGGCGGGUCGAGGAUUUAAGAUCACAAAUUUCUCAAGACUCUUUUUCUUCUUAAAUUUUGUACUAUGAAAUCAAUUAGUGUCAAAUUAGUUGGGACAACGGUAAUAGUAGUUUAAACAAGAGAUAUUUUUCUUAAAUUUCGUAUUUCAGAACUUUCAUGAGACACUUUCUCCUCUUUUUUUUCAAAACAAAAGCUGCAGAAAGAAAAAGGGUCAAAUUAAGUGGUA